AUGCCGCCGACUACCACCACACCCCUUGAUCCUGUUCUCCUCCCUUGCGGCCGCACUGUGAAGAACAGGCUUGCAAAGGUUGCACUGUAUGAACACCUCGCUGUGUACCAAGGAGGGCCCCCCAACGAGUAUCACUACGCCGUCUACUCGGAAUGGGGAAAACACAACUGGGGCUUGGUUUUUACCGGCAACGUCCAAGUCUCAAACGAGCACUUGACCUUUGGACGCGACAUUGUAUUGCCAAAGGACCUUUCGCCUGAGAGCCUUGCACCCUACCGCAAGCUCUCGUCCCUGAUCCAGGGCCCAGAAGAGAACGGCGAACCCACACUCGCAAUUGUCCAGCUCAGCCACGCCGGGCGACAGUCGCUCAGCUUUGGCAUGGGUGGCCGUGGACUGCUUCAAAGACCUCUGGGUCCUAGUCCUAUCAGAGUGGGAACGUCUGUCCGAAACCCUGGAAUCGUUUCAUCAGGUUUCCACCACGCACUCUUCUCAGUGCCCAAAGAAAUGACGGCAGAAGAUAUCGAGCAUGUCAUAUCGCGCUUUGUGUAUGACCUCGUUGCCCAGUUUCUCAACCCCAAGUCAAACACACGCACGGACGAAUACGCUCUUGGGCGCGGUGAUGAUUUGCGCCUACUACGCGAAAUCGUCACGGGCAUCAGAGCCGCUGUUCCACCUCAAUUCGUUGUUGGUAUCAAACUGAAUGCUGCGGACUACACCGAUACCGGAUCUGACGACCAAGGGACGGUGACCGACAAGGAAGAACGCGCCAUGAAGCAUAUCUUGGAGAUUGCGCAGUGGGGUGGAGUUGAUUUCAUCGAAAUUAGCGGCGGUGAUUACGAAAGUCCAGAUUUUAUCAAUGCCCGCUCCCAAAGACAAGCUGUCUUCUCCAAAGUGUCCCAGCACAUUGUCGAAGCGCUGGAGAAGCUUCCUCGUACACCAUCCUCUCCACCUCUCCCACUCAUCAUGCUCACCGGCGGAUUGAAAUCACCGGCUCUCAUCCAUACCGCACUAUCAGCGGGUCAUGCCCAGCUGGUCGGAAUAGGUCGUCAAGGAAUCCUCUGCCCGUCCCUCCCUGAGAAACUCAAGAGCCUAGAUUCCGACCCUACCAAAUGGCCCGACACGCCCUUCGCACCUGAGCCAGAGUUUACGCGUCCUCCACUGUUCACUAAACCGGGUUUCCGAUGGCUUUUCGAUUCCUUCCCCAAGAUUAGUCUAAUAGGAGCAGGCGUCAACGUCUCGUGGUACGAAGUCUCCAUGCGGUACCUUGCCGAAAAGGUUUUGGAUCCAGACUACAAGGCUCCUUAUCCGGACUACAGUCUUACGGGUGCAGGGGCGAUUCUGACGAUGUACCUUUGGACUGCGAAGAGGGCGACUACGCAUGCCACCACCGCUAGCCAAGUAAGAGUGUCGCAAUCUUCACUUAUAUCGGUGAUUGUGCUCGGGUUGAUUUCCAUCCUUGUAGCCGUCUACGGGAAGCAGUACAUUGGAGCAGGGGGACGGGUGCACAGAGUCGAUCUCGCCUGA